CCGUGGGGUAUCUCAUCAUCAUAAGCGGGCUCUCCUUGUUGUCUGGUCACUCAUUGUGUAAGAUCUGGCCAAGAUCUCCCGGUUUGCGUGAGUCUCUGCCGACCCCCGCUCAUCGAUGCAGCCGAAGGGGGAGGACGCGCGCACGUUGGAGAUGCGGACCAACGGCACGCCCACGACGGAGAUCGGGAAGGUCAAGGAGGUCGCCACAUCUGAGGGGAGGGGCGACUCCGAUGACCAGACCAAGGACGACCAGACCAGCCUCGAGAUAGACAAGGACCAGGACGACGAGACCAAGGCCAGGGAAGGUAACAAGCAUGGCUGCAAGUGGUGGCUUGAUCAUGCCGACGCUGUGUCUUUGGCUGCAUGCAAUGUGCAAUGUGUGAUGUGACUGCAUAGAUGAGGAGGGCCGUCAUGAGGGCUGGCGUGGGAUCCUCACAGGGUUUGGCUAUCUCGGCUUCGUGGCCUUCGGGGGACCGAUGGCCCACCUCGGCAUCUACGAGAAGGAGUUUGUCGAGCGGUGAGUGACACACACGCAUACAGCAGACACACAAUGGGGUCACGGCUGCCUGUCUGUCUGUCGACUGCAGUCGCAAGUGGAUAUCGAUGGGCGUGUUCACCGAGAUGAUUGCACUCGGCCAGUGCCUUCCGGGACCGACAUCCACACAGGUACCACAGGAGUAAAGAGAGGCACUGGCCGGGAUACCCACUGCCCACUGUCCCUCCUUCCUCUUUGCUCCAGAUUUCGUUCGCUUUGGGCACGACGCAGGCAGGUCUGCUGGGCGGCAUUGCCACAGGGCUCAUGUUCCUGCUGCCGGGGUUCAUUAUCCAGACAUUCGCUGGUAAGCGGCAUCGGCUAGCCAGCCGCAUUUGGUGUAUCUGUAUCUGUGUCGUGUUUGCAGGUUAUGGCCUUGGCGAGUUGCUGAAGCUGCCUGACUCGUGGAUACGUGGCCUGACGGGGGGGCUGGGGACGGCCGGUGUGGCCCUCGUCUGGUCGGCGGCGUAUGGCCUCGGCAAGAAACUGCUCACAGAUUGGGUCACACAGGUAGGUGUGCUCCCACGAAGGAGGCUCUGUACACAUGGCAUCAGAUUUUCCCUCGUCUGUUUGCCCACACACCACACAGGGUCUGGGUGUGUUCUCGGCUGUGAUCGCAUACUACCACACCGAGGCGUGGACCUUCCCGACCCUCAUAGUGUUUGGCGGCAUCGUGACCACCAUCCAACACACCAUCAGACACCACGACCUCACUCUCAAGAACGAAACCACCCUCUCCACCAAGGUCAGCCGUGGGCGGAGAAAGGGGACUGGAUAUCGCUAACUGGCACCAUUUGCCUUGUGCCUUUGUGGUGCCUGGGUGCACUGCAGGUCGGCAAGGGCAUUCCUCUGUGGCUGGGUGGGGUCCUGCUGUUUUCGUGGGCGGCCAUUCUCAUCAUUAUGGUGUGUGUGCGGCCGACCGUGCCUUACGAGGACGCCCCGCCGCUGCAUUGGUUCGAGGCCUUCUACCGCAUCGGCAGCUUCAUCUUCGGCGGCGGGCAGGUGGUGCUGCCCAUGAUACUCGAGUAUGCUGCCCCCACCAGUUUGGCGGAUACUGCUCGCGUUGUGUUGUUGGGUGUCUACUUGUGUUCUUGUGCAGGACGGUCGUGCAGUUCGACAGAUGCGACCCCGACGCGGGGACGGUGAGAAAAUGCGGCCCUGCACACACCACACUGACACACUGACACACUGACUGAUACAGAGGACUCCGGCGGUCAUUCAUGUCGUGGUGCCUGGUUUGUGUUCCAUCAGACGUGUGUGGACAAGGAGCUGCCUACUGUGCGCGAUGGCGGCCCGUCAUGGAUAUCGCAGGAGGAGUUCCUCACAGGGCUGGCAGUAGCACAGGCAAUGCCAGGUGGGUGUAGGUGUGUGAGUUAAUGACGACCGAGGCAACCAUUGCUGCAUGUCUGUGUGUGUCAGGGCCGCUGUUCAACAUUUCUGGUUACAUUGGCGUCCUUGUCGGCGGAGCGGGGGGCGCCUUCCUCUGCUGGUGAGUGAGAAUCACACACCAACUGGAAAGGCAAACGAGUGCGUGUGAUCGUUCUCUGUGGUUGUGUGUGUCAGGAUUGGUUUGUUCCUGCCCGGCAUCCUUCUGAUUUUUGGCGUGCUGCCCUUCUGGACCUCCCUGCGCAAGACGCAGGUCUACCGACGGGCGCUGCCCGGCCUCAACGCGUCGGCUGUCGGCCUCGUCUUCGCCGCAUGUGCGCAGCUGUCCCUAUCGGUACGUCCAUAUGGCCAUGUUGCCAACCCUCACCGUCAUGAUGAGAAUGCAUUGCUGUCUGUGGAUUGGAUUGGAUUGACGCUGCCUGCAGGCCCUGAACACGAGCCCUUUCCCACAUGCGGCAGUCUGCAUCGGCUUCAUCGCGUUUGCGAUGGUGUUUGCCUUCAAGAUAUCGGCCCCGCUGGCCGUCAUCGCCGGCGGGGCGCUGGGCGUCGUCGCAUGGGCAGCUGACAUGAACUGACACACACACAUACAAACCAUACACACAGGCGGAUUCUUCAACGAUGCAUUCAUUUAUCUGUGGUUUAGUAAGGCGUGGCAUGGACAGACAGACUGGCUUCAUUCAUUCGUGCGGCUGGGCGGCCGGCCGUGUGCGGUGCAGUGCGGCAUACAUUGGGAAUAUAAUGGGUGAGAUUGGCUCUCCCACAUACAUACGUGCAUUGCGGCGGUCGCGGCCUGGCCGUUUUAUAGUAGGAUGGAUGCCAUCGGCGGACAGAGAGGCUGACUGAGGUUUGUAUUGUAUCUGUGUGAUGCGAUCUCGUUUUAUCGGCGAGUUUUGAUGCGUGGAUGAGUAAAGUAUUAGGGACGGGUGCAUUGCAUUGGCAUGGCGUAGGUUGAUGGCCGCACACAGUGCCCUCUUUGCGCGAGAGCGAGUACAUACACGCGGGACGGACGAGAGAGACACAUUUUGUCAAUGAGCGUCAUGCACGUCUGACUAACCACAUCAAUGAAGGGGCAUAUCGGUAAG